GUACAGAGAUUUGAAAUAGUUUUCCAUAUUCUUUCGGUCAAAUUAGGUCUCUCCAAAAAAAUAUCAUCAGCAAAAUAACUACAACGUGUUUACGCGACUAUUAUUUUCAACUAAACCUACUCAUGUCAUGUCGUAACCAAAGUUGUAGUUAUUUGUUUUUUAUAAAAACAUUCAAAAACCAAAAUAAGUAUGAUAUUUUUCAAUUUGAUCAAAAGAACACCCAGAACCUUGAGCUUAAUCAAAACUUCAUGUAGAAACCUAAAUUCGAAAAUCCCUACAUCGCCUACCCCGUCAUUGGCGAUUAACCUCCUAGAUCCAGUAAAAAUAGACCGGCAUACCGUCCUGCUUCUAGAAAGACUUUCUUUAGUAAGUUACAACACCGAACAAGGAAUUAAGAUUUUGGAAGAUACCAUUGCAUUUGCUGAUCAAGUUCUCCACAUCAACACCGACGAUGUCGAACCUUUGUACUCAGUUUUAGAAGAGGAAAAUUUAUUCCUAAGACAAGAUCAGAUAACUCAAGGCAACUGUCAAAAAGACAUUCUCCGAAAUGCAGCAAUGCAAGAAGAUGACUACUUUGUAGCACCAAUAGGCAACAUACCAUUACAUGAAAUAGACGUUGAUUACCUAGCACCCAGAGCCAAGCAACAUGAAAACUAAUAUCUACAAAGUAUUUAAUAUGGAACAGUUCUUUAGAGUCAUGCAGAUAAAUGAACAAGGUGUAAGAUUUACAUUGAAGGAACCCAGUCAGAUAUUAAUGAAGAAUAUUCAUGAAAAUUGGCUACAGUACAUUUAUGCUAGGACACAUAAACAAAUGCCCAUCUAUGUUAGCAAA